CUGUCAUUUAUCAUCUUUAUCUGCUACAUUGCAUCUCUAGCUGCCUCUUUCAUGAUGGCACCGCUCCUAGAGUUUCUGCUGGCACUGUUUCUAUUUUUUGCCUAUGCCUCCAAACUUAAUGAGAAGUUUAAAGGACUCUACUGGCCUUUGAAGGAUUUCUUGCGGUGCGUCACUGCUGCCAUUAUUUACUUUGCCAUUUCAAUUGCUGCUGUCUCAAAAUAUAAUGACGGAGCAUCUAAAGCAGCAGGAGUGUUUGGAUUUAUAGCCACGAUAGUGUACGCCAUUGAUUUCUACAUAACCUUCAAUGACCUGGUUACUUUUCUGAAGCAAGGCAAUUCUGAUUCCCCUGAAGGGCACAAGUCAGAAGAUGAGGACUCAGAUUCCAACUCGGACUGA